AUCGCUCUAUUGUAUCAUUUGGUUUUUUGUGUCGUUUUUCUGUGUAUCUUGUUUUGAAUAAUAAAUAAAUUGUGUUAUAAAAAGAAAUGAAUAAUGUCCAAGCGUAAUAAAGUCUGUUAUAUCAAACCAGCGGAUCCAAAAUUUUUGCAACAAUUAAAAGCACAAAUUGGUUACAAUAGCGGACCAACGAUUGAUUCAAAGCGACAAAAAUUAGAUUUUGAUAGCGACAGUGAUCGAUCUGAUUGUGACGAGGAAUCACCACAAGUGGUCGUUCUUAAAAAGGGUGACUUAACCGCCGAAGAAGCAGAGCAAGAACAAAAUCGAAUUGAAAAAGAGGAGACCGAAAAACCGGCCGAUUUAAGUCAGCGCAUUGUGUUUAAAUCAAAGUCAUCGGAAAACUCAGCAGCAGCACCAGCAGCAUCGUCAUCAUCCAGCAACGAAACAAAAUCGAAGAAAAAAGAUAAAAAGCGUCCAGAAGUUAGCAAAAGCAAACUUUCUUUCCAGAUUGAAGACGAAGAGGACGAAGACAACGAAUAAUUUUGAAUAACAAAUACAAUUCAACUAUCGAUUUGGCAUUUUUUGUCUUGUUUUCACCCCACAGUUGAAAUCCGGCACUCAACAAUAAAUUGACUACAUAAAAAAUUCAUUUGUUCGAAUUGAAUACGGAAAAAAGUCCGGAACACGGAACAAAUUACCAAAAACGAAACAAACAAACA